AUGUCCAUGCAACACUCAGCCUCAAAUGUCAAUAAUCAAAUAUGGGUCUUCUGGGACCAGGAAUGUGAUGGUACUGUCAUUGACCAUGAUGAACAACAGCUCACAGUGAAGCUCGGACAUGUUGAAGCUGCAGAUCCUUUCCAUCUCACUAUUAUCUAUGCCAAAUGCAAAAUUGCUCUGAGGAGACCUCUUUGGGAUACCUUGAGAACUAAAGCCCUGGCAACCUCAACCCCUUGGUGUGUCAUUGGGGACUUUAAUGUCAUAACAUCCAUUGAGGAGAAGAUUGGGUGCAUUCCAUAUCAGAUCAACAAAAGUUUGGAAUUCAUUAGCAUGAUUGAAGACUGUGGACUCACUGAUUUAGGCUACUAUGGACCUAGGUGCACAUGGUCUAAUGGUAGAGGCCCUUGUUCAAUUGUUUGGAAAAGACUUCACAGAGGUUUAGUCAAUGAUAGUUGGCUUGCAUCCAAUCCUGCAACAACCAUCACCCAUUUGGCAUCUGCAGGCUCUGAUCACUCUCCCCUUCUUAUGAAGCUGAAUGUCAGAACUGAUAACUCCAUCAAAUACUUUAAGUUCUUAAACUGCUGGACUGAAAAUGAUUCCUUUCUUCCCCUGGUUCAAGAGGUCUGGAACAUUCAAGUCAGUGGCAAUCCUAUGUGGGUAUUCCAUCAGAAACUUAAAGCCUUGUGUUCUGCUUUGUAUAAAUGGUCUAGGCAACAGUAUGGGGACAUUUUUCUCAAAGCAAAAGAAUAUAAAGAAAAGAACAUUUUCUCAGAUCCUGGAGGAGUCAUUAGGGAGGACCUCUUGUCUUGCAUUCCAUCACUGGUUACUGAGGAGGAUAAUGACAACCUAAACAAAGACCCUACAAUGGAGGAACUCAGAACCACUGUCUUCUCAAUGAGCCCCACCAGUGCUGCUGGUCCUGAUGGUUUCAAUGGGAAAUUUUUCCAACAUUGCUGGGAUAUCAUCAAACAUGAUCUAUACAAGGUGGUGUUGGCCUUCUUUUGUGGUCAGACUAUGCCCAAAUAUAUGAUCCAAGCCUGCCUUGUGCUUCUUCCUAAAGUGGAAUUCCCAAACACUCUUUUUGAAUUUAGACCUAUAAGUCUGAGCAAUUUCUUGAACAAAAUCAUUUCCAAAAUCCUCUGCUCCGGAAUUGCUCUCAUUUUACCUAAAAUCAUCAGUUCCAAUCAAACAGGCUUUGUAAAAGGCAGAAGCAUCUCAGAAAACAUAAUGUUGGCUCAGGAGAUAGUUCAGGGUAUCAAAAAGCCUAAUAUAGGAGCCAAUAUUGUGAUCAAAUUGGACAUGGCGAAGGCAUAUGAUAGGGUCUCUUGGUCAUUCACUUGCAUCAUGAUGAGAAGAUUGGACUUUAGUGAAAAAAUCAUUGACAUGGUGUGGAGGACAUUGUCUAUAACUGGUACUCUAUCAUUGUUAAUGGCAACAGAUGUGGCCUCUUUCACUCCACCAGAGGUCUCAAGCAGGAGGAUCCUUUGGCCCCUUCUCUGUUUAUCAUAG